UUUUGUGAAUUGUUAUUACAAUAGAUUAUAGAAUCCCAAGUCCACCCACGUCCAUUUCUCUCUCUAUCCCCACUCACUACUAAUUCUUGCUUUCUAUUAUUGUUAUUAUCAUCAUCAUCUCUCUCUCUCUCUCUCUCUAUGUUAAAAGUCAGUCCGUUGGUUCUGUCCAGCCAUGCUCCAGUGCAGCGCUAGCUAGCUUGUAAAACAAAAUCCACGCGAUUUCUUUUCAAUAUUAAUUAAUUGUCGAUUUAAUUUAAUUUCUCAGCAUUUAUCAAGAGAACACACAUUUAUAAGCCUCGCCCCCCCUCCUCCCCAACCCUUUCUUUUUUCUUCUCCCUUAAAAUUUGUUUAUUACAUUUAUUCGUUUAAUUUCUCGACUGUCUCCAGAGUCUUGUGCUGUGUUUUUUAUCCGUGUCUUCGCAACUACACUUCACAUUCACUCCCUGCCUCCAAUUGGGUUCUUCUGAUUUUGUGACGCAACCGGUGGAUUGUUUUGAUUUUUUUUAUUUUUUUUUUACAGAAAGGUUGAAUCUUGCGUGGAUUUGAUCGAGGUUUUACCUUAUUCCGGUGAGGUUUUGGAUAGGGAGGGGGAGAAGAGAGCAGCAGUUUCUGGGGGCAUUGGGAGUUAAAUCUAGAGCGGGUUUAGGUUGGGUUACGGCUUUGAUUGCAAGAUUUGGAAGUCAAUCCAAAGGCGAGAUCUUUGUAGAAAAUUUUGAUUCUGGAUAGAGGGCGAGGAUUUGAGAAAUUUCGGGUUUUAGGGAUUUGAAAGGGUUUUGGGGAUUCUUCGUUGUUGUGGGGAAUGGCGAUGAACACUGGAGGAAGACUCAUUGCUGGUUCUCACAAUAGGAACGAGUUUGUGCUUAUCAAUGCCGAUGAAACCGCCAGGAUUAAGUCUGUUCAAGAACUAAGCGGCCAAAUAUGCCAAAUUUGUGGGGACGAAGUGGAAAUAACAGUAGAUGGAGAGCUCUUUGUCGCAUGCAAUGAAUGUGCCUUCCCUGUUUGCCGGACUUGCUAUGAGUACGAACGGAAGGAGGGAAGCCAGUCUUGUCCUCAGUGCAAAACCCGAUACAAGCGCAUCAAAGGUAGCCCGAGAGUUGAGGGCGAUGAGGAGGAAGAUGACAUUGAUGAUUUGGAGCACGAGUUCGAUUAUGGAGAUGCCGAGGCAAUGGGGAUGAAGCAAAAUGGCAGCAUAAACUCUCUCCAUGGUUAUUCAGGCACAAAUGCGAAACAAAAUGUGUCUUCUCCAUCUCUAGAUAUCCCUCUUUUGACCUACGGUGAAGAGGAUGCCGAGCUUGCAGAACUUAAUCAGAGUGCUAUAAUUGUUCCUCCGUAUGCAGAACAAGCGAAUGGAAUUCAUCCAUCUUCUGCUCCAGCGCCACAUUUGCACCCCCGUUCGAUGGUUCCUGAGAAAGACAUUGCGCUGUAUGGCUAUGGAAGUGUUGCGUGGAAGGAUCGUAUGGAGGACUGGAAAAAGAGGCAGAGUGAGAAGCUUCAAGUGAUCAAACAUCAUGGGGGAAAUGGUGAUGGAGACUUUGACGGGAGUGAACUCGAUGCUGAUCUACCUAUGAUGGAUGAAGGCAGGCAGCCACUUUCGAGGAAAUUGCCAAUUCCUUCGAGCAAGAUAAACCCAUACAGGAUGAUAAUUAUGCUUCGGCUCGUCAUUCUCGGCUUAUUCUUUCACUAUAGAAUUCUCCAUCCAGUUCCCGAUGCUUUUGGCUUAUGGCUGACAUCAGUUAUUUGUGAAAUAUGGUUCGCUGUAUCUUGGAUACUGGAUCAGUUCCCUAAAUGGUAUCCGAUUCAGCGAGAAACCUAUCUUGAUCGACUGUCGCUUAGGUAUGAAAAAGAAGGGAAACCUUCAGAGUUAGCCAAUAUAGAUAUAUUUGUCAGCACGGUUGAUCCGAUGAAAGAGCCUCCUCUGAUUACAGCAAACACAGUUCUCUCCAUCCUAGCGGUGGAUUAUCCGGUCGACAACGUGUCGUGUUAUGUGUCAGAUGAUGGUGCAGCUAUGCUUACUUUUGAGGCACUUUCCGAGACAUCAGAAUUUGCCAGGAAAUGGGUUCCAUUUUGCAAGAAGUUCAAUGUUGAACCGCGUGCUCCAGAAUGGUACUUCUCUCAGAAGAUCGACUAUCUCAAAAACAAAGUUCAUCCUGCAUUCGUGAGAGAACGUCGUGCAAUAAAGAGAGAGUAUGAAGAGUUCAAAGUCCGGAUCAACAGUUUAGUGGCCAAGGCAGAAAAGGUUCCCGAGGAAGGUUGGACAAUGCAGGAUGGAACAGCCUGGCCAGGCAACAAUGUCCGCGACCAUCCUGGCAUGAUCCAGGUGUUCAUUGGUAACGAUGUUGUUCGUGAUGUGGAAGGAAACGAAUUACCUCGCCUGGUUUAUGUUUCCCGUGAAAAGAGGCCUGGAUUUGAACAUCAUAAGAAAGCAGGAGCUAUGAAUGCACUGAUUCGGGUUUCGGCAGUUCUGUCAAAUGCUCCAUAUAUUCUGAAUGUUGACUGUGAUCACUACAUUAAUAACAGCAAAGCUCUCAGAGAGGCAAUGUGUUUUAUGAUGGACCCUACCUCAGGAAAGAAAGUGUGCUAUGUCCAGUUUCCGCAAAGAUUUGAUGGGAUUGAUAGUCAUGAUAGAUACUCUAACCGGAAUGUUGUCUUCUUUGAUAUCAAUAUGAAGGGUUUGGACGGUCUUCAAGGACCUAUAUAUGUUGGUACGGGGUGUGUCUUUAGACGACAGGCCUUGUACGGCUAUGAUGCACCUAAGAAGAAGAAGAAGCCGAGCAAGACGUGCAACUGCUGGCCCAAGUGGUGCUUUUGCUGCUGUUGCUGUCUUAGGAACAAUAAGAAAGAAAAAUCGAAGAAAGAUAAGAAAUCAAAGCAUAGAGACGCGUCAAAGCAAAUACAUGCUCUCGAAACCAUCGAGGAAGGGAUUGAAGAGACAACUAGUAUUAGUCGAGCACUUCUUCCGCAAGAGAAACUUGAGAAGAAGUUUGGACAAUCCCCGGUGUUUGUGGCUUCAACACUUCUUGAAAAUGGCGGCGUGAACAAGGCCAUUAGCUCCGCAUCACUUUUGAUGGAAGCGAUUCAUGUGAUCAGCUGUGGUUACGAAGACAAGACCGAAUGGGGAAAGGAGGUUGGAUGGAUAUACGGAUCAGUCACGGAAGAUAUUUUAACGGGGUUCAAAAUGCACUGCCAUGGGUGGCGUUCCGUUUACUGCAUGCCUAAGAGGCCCGCGUUCAAAGGGUCGGCUCCAAUCAACUUGUCGGACCGUCUUCACCAAGUUCUACGAUGGGCUCUUGGAUCUGUCGAAAUUUUUUUAAGUAAACACUGCCCGAUUUGGUAUGGCUAUGGAGGUGGAUUGAAGUGGUUGGAAAGGUUUUCCUACAUAAACUCCGUCGUAUAUCCGUGGACUUCGAUUCCAUUGCUCGUGUAUUGCACUCUCCCCGCCUUUUGUCUUCUUACCGGAAAAUUUAUCGUCCCCGAGAUAAGCAAUUACGCGAGCAUCAUAUUUAUGGCGCUUUUCAUCUUGAUCGCCGUGACGGGUGUCCUAGAAAUGCAAUGGGGCGGUGUGGAGCUCGACGAUUGGUGGAGGAACGAGCAAUUUUGGGUCAUAGGCGGCGUUUCGUCGCAUCUAUUUGCGCUCUUGCAAGGAUUGCUCAAAGUGUUGGCGGGCGUGAAUACGAAUUUCACAGUGACGUCGAAGGGAGGGGACGACGAGGGUUUUGCGGAGCUAUAUCUCGUGAAGUGGACGUCGUUGUUGAUACCCCCGACGACUUUGUUGAUCAUGAAUGUAAUCGGCGUGCUUGCGGGAGUUUCUAACGCAAUCAAUAACGGAUACGACUCGUGGGGUCCGUUGUUCGGUAGGAUGUUCUUUGCAAUAUGGGUUAUAAUGCAUCUGUACCCAUUCCUCAAGGGGUUGAUGGGGAGGCAAGAAAGGGUCCCGACGGUGGUCGUGAUAUGGUCGGUUCUAAUCACGUCGAUAUUGACCCUUUUGUGGGUUCGGAUAAAUCCGUUCGUCUCGAGGGACGGCCCGGUGCUGGAAAUCUGUGGCCUCAAUUGCGAUGAUUAGGGAACAGUUGGACAGGAAGUGUGUAGAAAUCGAGCUUCCGUUCGGUUCUGUGCCGACGUCGUUUCGGGAAAGGUAAAAUAAGAAGAAGGGGUGUGGUAGGGUUUGUGUUGUGUAGAUACUUGGAGAAGAAAGAUUAGGGAUGUGGAUGAAGAUUUUGGGAUUUGGAUUGAUAUUUGGUUGGUUGCAUUGAUUCUUUUGUUGGUAACUCUUUUUGUCUGUCUGUCUGUCUGAUCAUAUGUUUGAUAAUUAUUUGUUGUGUUUUUUGUAAGUUAUGACAGACCUAUCUUCCUACCUCUCAAAGGGGUUGAUUUUGUGUGUAAGUUCAGUUCAGGACAGGCACCAUUUCAUCGUCCUCAUUCUUGUUCUGGUUUAAUUUUAUUUCAAGUAUUCUUUUGUGUAUAUUUUA